AUGUUUUUCAUAAAGAACUGUAAAAUUAAUUUACGGUUAGCUUCACUAGGUCAGUUACAUUGCGUAAAAAUCACGUUUGACGUGUUGAGUUCGAGAAUAAGGAUGGCUAGACCGAUGUCUCAUGGGAUUUUUGUUGUUCUCGAAGGAGCGGAUCGUGUGGGAAAAACAACACAAGCAUUACUUCUAGCUAAAGCUUUGUCGGAAAUCACACAUAAAGAAACUCUGUCUGUUAAAUUCCCUGAUCGGGAUACUCCUCUGGGACGUCAACUAGAUUCAUAUUUAAGUGGGAAUGGUGAUAUUAACAAACACGCAUUGCACUUAUUGUUCACUGCAAAUAGAUGGGAAAGACAGUCUGAAAUUCGGAAGGCUAUUUCUAAUGGAAUACCUGUUGUAGCAGACAGAUAUAUAUAUUCUGGGAUCGCGUAUACAGCUGCUAAAUCUCCACCAACGCCAAACUGGGAAUGGUGUUGGGAAAUGGAAAAAGGUCUUGUAGAACCUGAUUUAGUAAUAUGUUUAACACCAGGAAAUUUAGAUGAAUUAAGUUCUAGAAAUGGUUAUGGAAAUGAGCGAUAUGAGAAUGAUGAUUUUCAAAAGCGUGUUCUAGAGAAUUAUGUUCGAAUUUCCAAAGAUGUUGAAUUAGAUAAUAAAGAUAAUAAUGAUGAAAAUGAUUCAGUUGGACUUUGGCAUUUCAUUCAAGCAACUGAUAAAACUGUUGAAGAAGUGCAUAAAUGUAUUAUGGUACUCGUUAAAUCUAAAUUGGAAUCGAUUAUUGGCCCAGAAAUUCAUGAAUGUACAAAUAAAAAAGAUUAA